ACUUCCAUUUUUUUGGUAUCAGUGAGGAGGAGCUGAGGAGAGGAGAGAAAGAAGACAGACUUGAAGGAGAAAGAGAGAAGGGAAGCUUUACAACCUGAAGGCUCAAACUGAUCCCUUCCAUAUCCAAAAGGCUAAGAUUCCAUGACUGAUCUUUGGAGUGGGAGCCACUCAGACUGCAAAUUCUCUUCAGUUUGCUGGUAGUGGGUUGAAACAAACUAACCAAAGGCUUCAGGUACAGUAGAAGCAGUAUCUUUCUUCUCCAUCAGAUAUUUUUAUUCAUGGAAAGAAGACUCCUUAAAAGAGAAAUAAAAAAACUCCUGUGUGAUUAUGUUGGCAUCAGACUUCGGGAAAAUGAAUUUGACCCAAAGGGAAGAAGGCAGCUCACCUUUCUAGAUCAUAUGGCUCAUUAUGAUUUGGCCAUCAGCGUUGCUUUACAAUGGCUGGGUUACAAAGAAGACCAAACGCACUUGGAUUGGGAUAAAGUGAAGGUUCCAUUUAGUCGUAGGCAUGUAUUUCCUAAUCGUCUUGAACGAGAAGCCAUGAUUUUAUCAUUUUAUGCCGGAAUCCUAAUGAAUAGUCUCCCAGUUGAAGAAAUCUUUGAGAUUUAUAGUAUGUACCCCUCUGCAAACCACUGCCCUGGUGCUAAGAAGGUUCCUCGGGCCCAAAAUAUUCAUCUGUCAUUGCAUCCUUUUGCCAUGCUAACAGCUUCUAAGGCAGCAGAACAUGCUCAGAAACAAAGUGUCAAGUUACAAAGAAGAAUAGUCCAUAGAAAGGUCACCAACAGCUCAAACACAACAAAGGCUAUGGAUUCAAAAUCAGCAAAAAACUCAGAAAAUCAGCAAGAAACUCAGAAAAAGUCAAAGCCAAAAGUCUCUAUGGAAGUUGAAAUUUUGGAUUAAGGCAAUAAAGGAAUUAAUGACUCAAGAUACCAUCAAAACAAUGUCAUCUGAGAAGACACCUUUCCCAAGAAAUCCCAGCUCCAAGCAACACUGGACUUGAGCCCACAUUGUACUAUUCUUUGUAUUUUCUAUUUUAUUGCUGUUGUUUUCUAAAGAAGUACUCUUCCACAGACUCAAGUCCUACAAAUAAGUGUGAGCCUGGCCAAGUGAUUUGCCAAGAACUGUUGGCAAGUCAUGUGCCCAGUCUGCUUUUGCAGGUAUUCUGGCACUGUUAUGUAUAUUUAGAUUGAUUUCCUUCUAAUUACUUCUCGUUUGUACUUCUAUUCCUUUGUUUUGUAUUUCAGCCCAUUUCAACUCUUUGGCUCAUUCUUCAAAUGCUAACCUCUUGGAAAUGGGAAAGUAAGAUACUUAUUUUUCCCAAGUGAAAGUUACAGUGGCAAAAGGAAGAGAAUAAUUUCUUUUUUGCUUCUCAUGUGUUUUAAUGUAGAUCUAUUCACUUACUGAUUGUUUAUAAUAAAGCACAUAUCACAUAUA